UCAUUCAAAACAAUACAAACUAAACGAACUAGGCGAUUUCAAAACGUCUAAACACACAAUUUGAGUUAAACAAUUAUUGAAAUAUAUUCUUCAGCAUUAUUAAAUAUUAUAUUAACAAUGUCGCGAAAUUUAGACACACCGAUAGUCUCAAUUUACGACAUGAUGAUAGAGCGCCAUCGAAAACUUACUUCUGAGUCGGAAUCGAGAGACAUUUCCUUGGGGGCCCAAAAAGUGCUUCGAGGAAAAGUCGUGGAAGAAGUUAUAUCCAAUACAAAGUUAUUGCCAAAAAAGCAUCGCACCACAAAGGCGGUGCGUGAAAUGCCAUCAUCGAUUACUCUGGAGUCGGAAUAUUACUGUCCUUCAAGCACCAUUACAGCCUCACAUCUGACAAAGAAGCAGACAUUCUUAAGGGUCCAGCCGCCAGCAAACAGGGAAAUCAUCAGCAAGCUGGUAGAGAAGAUGACCAUGGUUUGUGGCAGAGCCAAAGCUGAGGAUGUUGUCCCCACAACGUCUCAGGGUUCCCCGAAGCAAUCAUCCGGAAAACGUAAGGAAAUGGCGACUCCUGGAACGUCCCGGAACAAACAAAAGUCAAUCAAAUCGAAUCCAGAUCGGCGACCAUUGUCUUCCCGAAAGGCAGAUCGUGGUGCCAAGGAGAAGGUGGAACGUGUACAGAAAAAGAAAAUUAUGGCCAAGUCUCCCACCAAGCUCUCAAAGAAUUCAGGUCGAAAAAUGCGAAGCGUUAGGGAAUCCUCCCGUUCCUUUAAAGCUGUGCCGCUUUCCAAUGAUCGCUGGCGAAUCUAAAAUUAUAUAGAUCCUUAUCAAGACAACUCCGGAAAAACCAAAUAAAUUAUAUAAUUUUGCCAUCUUUGUAGAGGUGUCACUAAGCUUCCAUAAGUAAAGAAGUUCAACCAUUUGGAAAGUACUUCAAAUUUAAAUGAUGAGUUGAAGGAAAAGAAAUGGCAGAACAACUUCAAAAGCAGCUGUUAUCCAUGCUUAAAGAUUGGAUUUAAUAAAAAUGUGAUGUUUAUUUA